UCACCAACAUGGCCGCGCCCAGGUGAGCUGGUGUGCAAGUACUUUCCCCGACUUUCUGGGGCUAGACUGGAGAGGCUAGCGAAGGAGGGAGAAGCAGCAUUGUGAGAACUUGGUCUAAGUCGAGGAAGAGGUUUGUGGAACCUUUUGAUGGCCGGCACGACGGACUGCAAAUCCCUACUUCCGCUUAUCAGCCUCUUUCAGUCUUUUCGGCUUAGCGGGAGUGGGACUGAGAACCCAAAAGGAGAAAUAAUCCACGCUGUGCCCUGGUGUAGUCUGGACAGUAGCGUGUGCGUUAGAAGCUGAAGCAUAAUUAACUCAACUAGGAUCAUACAGCUAGCAUGUGGUGGAGCUAAGAAAACUGGAACUUGGACUCCUGAGCACUGUGAAUUGCUAUGGAGAUGAACUAUCAAAGUAAUUUCAAACUCAAUAAAACUGAGAAGAAGUUGUUAAGGAAACAAAUUAAAGCCAGGCAUACUUUGCUGAGACAUGAAGGUAUUGAGGCAGUAUCCUAUGCUACUCAGAGCCUGGUUGUUGCCAAUGGUGGUUUGGGUAAUAGCAUGAGUAGGAAGCAACUGCUUCCAGUUUUAGAGAAAUGUGGACUUGUGGAAGCUCUCUUAAUGCCACCUAACAAGCCCUACUCCUUUGUAAGGUACAAAACCACAGAAGAAUCCAGGAGUGCUUAUGCUUCCCUCAAUGGAAAAGAAAUAGUGGAUGAUUUAGGACAAAAGGUCAUUCUAUACUUGAAUUUUGUAGAAAAAGUGCAGUGGAAGGAGUUGGGGCAUCAAGUCUUACCUCCAGGUCUCACAGUAGUUGAAGAAAUUAUUUCUUCUGAGGAUGAGAAAAUGCUUUUGGAAAUUAUUAAUUGGACGGAAGAUACAGACAAUCAAAAUUUUCAAAAAUCUUUAAAACACAGACGAGUAAAGCAUUUUGGUUAUGAAUUCCACUAUGAGAACAACAAUGUAAAUAAAGAUAAGCCAUUACCUGAGGGUCUUCCUGACCUUUGCGAUAACUUUCUGGAGAAAUGGUUGGCAGAAGGUUACAUUAAACAUAAACCUGAUCAGUUGACCAUAAAUCAGUAUGAACCUGGGCAAGGAAUUCCUGCUCAUAUUGACACACAUUCUGCUUUUGAGGAUGAGAUCGUUUCUCUCAGUUUGGGGUCAGAGGUUGUUAUGGAUUUUAAGCACCCAGAUGGCAUUGCAGUGCAAGUUAUGUUGCCUCGUCGGAGUUUGCUAGUGAUGAGAGGAGAAUCUAGAUAUCUUUGGACCCAUGGAAUCACACCCAGAAAAUUUGAUACUGUUGAAACAUCUGAGCAUUACAAAAGUGGGAUUAUCACCAGUGACAUUGGAGGCUUAACUUUAAGGAAGAGGGGAAUACGAACAUCAUUUACAUUUAGGAAAGUAAAGCACAUGCCUUGUACCUGUAAUUAUUCUUUGGUCUGUGACAGCCAGAGGAAAGAGACUUCUCCCUCAUUUCCAGAGAAUGAUAAAGAAGCAUCACAGCUGGAGCAAGAAUAUGUUCAUCGAGUUUAUGAGGAGAUUGCUGGACACUUCAGCAGCACGAGACACACUCCUUGGCCACACAUUGUGGAGUUUUUGAAGGCUUUGCCAGAUGGUUCGAUAGUGGCUGAUAUUGGAUGUGGCAAUGGAAAGUAUCUUGGCAUCAAUAAGGAGUUAUACACGAUUGGUUGUGAUUAUAGCAAAACCCUUGUGGACAUUUGUAGAGAGAGGCAGUUCCAAGCCUUUGUCUGUGAUGCACUGGCUGUUCCAGUUCGCAGUGGGUCUUGUGAUGCCUGUAUCUCCAUUGCUGUUAUUCACCAUUUUGCAACAGCAGAGCGUAGAGUGGCAGCUCUCCAAGAAAUUGUUCGACUCUUGAGACCCGGUGGGAAGGCACUCAUUUAUGUCUGGGCAAUGGAACAAGAGCAUAAUAAUCAGAAGUCAAAGUAUCUUAAAGAAAACAGAAUUAGCCAAGAGCAGAAAGAGGAGAUAAAGAAUGAUAAAUCCACACCAGGACUGGUUGAGCAGAAAUCUGACACAGGCAGUCAAAACUCAGCAUCUUCUGUCCCCUCCAUUGAUGACAUUCAGGAGAAAGAAUCCAGUUCAAAACCAAUUACUAAUUCUGAGCUGCCUAUUCAUAUUAACAGGACUUCUUUUCAUUCUCAAGAUGUGCUGGUUCCCUGGCACCUUAAGACAAAGACUGGUAAAGACAAACCAGUUGAGCCCUUUGGUUCUGCAGGAGCCCGUGACCAAAGUCCUGUGUUUCAUCGUUACUACCAUGUGUUCUGUGAUGGAGAAUUGGAAGCUGCCUGCCAGACUUUGAGCAAUGUCAGUGUUUUGCAAAGCUACCAUGAUCAGGGAAACUGGUGUGUUAUUCUUCAAAAGGUCUGAUUAUGCCUACGAACAUGUCAUGUAGAGAAGAAAUACUUGGCUUUUUUUUUAAGGCGACUAAAUUAAUUGCCCCUUUAAUUAAAGAAAAAAACUUGGAAGUGUAUAAAAGGAGAGAGUUCCUUAGGACACAUUCAGUCCUUAGACUUACUUAGGGCCUGUUUAGUCUGCUACUGUUGACUGAUUUCAUAAAUGUAGGUUUCUCCUACCUUCCAACUAAGGAUGAUGUUUAAAAGUAAUUGAAUUUGUGAAGCGUUUGGGAUCCUUGCAUAAUAGUACCUCACUUUGAAGAUAAUCUUUUGUUAUAAAAUGUUAUUGAAGGACCUACAUUUUAAUAAAGAUUUAUAAAGAUGAUAUUCCUGAAGUUUUAUCUAUGACUAUUAGCUUCUUAAAGUCAUAGCCAUGAUUUAUCAUCACACUUAAUUAGCAUAUGGCUUACACACAGUGGUUGCUCGGUAAAGUUUUAAUCAGAUACUACCCAUAAGUUAGUAGGAGCUUCAUUCACCAAUAGUUAUUAAAUCCUUAUCAUGUACCAGGUACUCUUUUAAAGUACCAGGAAUGAAGCAGUGAACAGGAAAAACAGAGGCUGGGGAUAUAACUCAGAGGUAGAGUGUAUCCUAAGCUUGUGUGAGUUCCUGAAUCUAAUCCCUGCCACUGCAAGAAACCAACAAAAAGAACAAAGCCCUUGCACUUGUGCAGCUUACAUUCUAGAAGGAGAGAUAGACAAUAGGUAAAUAAAUAAAUACUAUGGGCAGGAUAGUGGUAAAUACCAUGAAAAAAUAAAAUACCAAGGAAAGAUUAUUUUAUAAAUGGUUGAAAU